AUGAAUAAUCUUCGCAAUGGUAAUGAAUUGUUGUCAAAGAUUGCCAUCAAUGAUAAACACGGAGAGGAUUCGCCUUAUUUCGAUGGAUGGAAAGCUUACGAUAACGAUCCAUUUCAUCCUAAGAAUAACCCUAAUGGAGUUAUUCAAAUGGGUCUCGCCGAAAAUCAGCUUUCCUCUGACCUAAUUGUGGAAUGGAUCAAGAAGAACCCUAAAGCUUCUAUUUGCACAUAUGAUGGAGUUGAUGUUUUAAAAGAAAUUGCAAAUUUUCAAGACUAUCAUGGCUUGCCUCAAUUUCGAAAUGCAAUGGCAAAGUUUAUGGGAAGAGUUAGAGGAGGAAAAGUGCGAUUUGAACCCGAUCGAAUAGUUAUGGGAGGAGGAGCAACCGGAGCUAACGAACUUCUAAUGUUCUGUUUGGCUAAUGAAGGCGAUGCGUUUCUCAUUCCUUCCCCUUAUUAUCCAGGAUUCGAUCGUGACUUGAGAUGGCGAACCGGGAUCCAACUAGUUCCAAUUGUUUGUGAAAGUUCAAACAAUUUCGAGCUCACCAUUGAAGCCUUAGAAGAAGCUUAUGAGAAUGCAAUUAAAGCCAAUAUCAAAGUGAAAGGAAUAAUCUUAAGCAAUCCUUCAAACCCUCUUGGAACAUCCUUAAACAAGGCUACCUUCAAAAGUUUGGUCCAUUUCGUUAACCGAAACAAAAUCCACCUAGUAUGCGACGAAAUCUACUCGGCCACCAUUUUUCGAGGUCCAAAGUUUGUGAGUUUGUCGGAGAUUCUCCAAGAGAUAGAAACCGUGGAUAAUAAUAACAUUGUAAUCAAUAGGAAUCUCUUUCACAUCGUUUAUAGCCUUUCCAAAGAUAUGGGUCUCCCCGGUUUUCGUGUUGGGAUAGUGUAUUCCUAUAACGAUGAUGUUGUUAGUUGUGCUAGGAAGAUGUCGAGCUUCGGCUUGGUUUCUUCGCAAACUCAGCAUUUCCUUGCGUCGUUGUUGUCUGACGAGGAGUUUGUUAACAUGUUUCUAUCUGAGAGUGCGAAAAGACUCGCGGAAAGAUACAUGAGACUAACUGAAGGACUCAUAGAAGUCGGGAUUAGAUGUUUGGAAAGCAAUGGGGGAUUGUAUUGUUGGAUGGAUCUUCGAAACAUGUUGAAAAAUAAUACAAUAGAGGAUGAGAUGGAGCUAUGGAAGGUUAUAAUAAAUGACGUGAAGCUUAAUGUUUCUCCUGGGAGUUCCUUCCAUUGCAAAGAACCGGGGUGGUUUAGAGCUUGCUUUGCAAAUAUGGACGAUGAAACGGUGGAAAUCGCGCUAGUAAGAAUAAGAAAGUUCGUUGAUAGUAACCGAACCAAGAAGAAUAAGAAGAAGAAUCUACGUGUGAGCUUUUCGCCAAGAAUGUAUGAUGAACGUGUCAUGGUCAUGUCUUCUCCUCAUUCACCCGUACCUCACUCGCCUCUACUUCAAGCCACAACUUGAAAACAAACCUAUCGUCUCCAAAGUCAUCGAAAGAA